AUGCGCAGAACGUGUAUCUCAGAACGGUGCUUCAACGUCUGGAGGACGAUGUCGACCUCCAUGAACGCCGAAUCAGGAAAGAAGACCUCGAGGGCUGGGAGCGGUAAAAAUAACUCCUCAAAUGCCGGUGCUGAAACCGAAGCGCAGCCCACGACUUUCCAUGAUUUUCUCGGCAACAAGGGCCAGGAAUCUGCUCCGGCCGCCGAUAAAGGUGACCGGCCGCCGCCGGAGGUGUCCCCGUCCUCCAUUUCUGAUCUGGGUUCUGAAAGGAACACCGGUAACCAUUUGGAGGGGAUACCAUAUUACGGGUCAAGAGGUGACAUCUCUGGGCUCGAAAGCGGCAACAGGUUCACGGGCUACAAGCGAAGUAAUUCCGAUUCUUUCAUGACAUUGUCCAGAGAUAAAUUCCCUCAUGGGCCGCAACCCGACUCCCAAGAUAGCCCGCUUUUAACCAAACUGCUUCGGUACUCAAGUGGUGAGGGCACGAUACGCCCGCGUGAAGAGGAAACACCAUUUGGUGCAAUGCACCAAAUGCGUCCAAUCACGUCCUCUUUUAUAUCUCAAUCCUCGGGCCGAACGGACACUAAUCCAUCCAAAUGGAACCCUGGGCACACACUGCAGUAUCCUCCUCGCGUUAGUCAGAUCGUGCCUUUUGGAUACCAUCAGGGCCCGGGGAAUCGGGCCAAAGAGGCAAAUGCGGGCCUGCCUCUUGUGUCACAAACCGCAGCUGAUGAAGGGUCGAGGACCGGGAUUAAAGGGUCUGCUGGGAUUUUGAGCUCGAUUGGUGCAGCUGGGCCCAUAUCUGGGAGGCAGCCGGCUGGUGUACUCAUAACUAGUGGUAAACAAAAAUCUGCUGUGAGCAUAUCGGAGCCCGAGUCCUCAACUAAUCCCGGUCGGCAUGGGAUGGAAUCCGGUGGUCGUCAGAUGACUAUCUUUUAUGGUGGUCAGGCGCAUGUUUUCGACAAUGUUCCCUCCAAUAAGGCAGAUGUUAUAUUGGCGUUGGCCGGAUCAAACGGCGGAUCUUGGUCAACAACCUAUAAUAAGCCUAACUCGACCGGAAAGGCAUUGGCCAGCGACAACUCGGAAGCCGCACUUUCUAUAUUGAGAGAGCUGCACGCCAGGCCAUCAGACAAAUAG